UGACCUCUUUGCCUCCACAAAAUUUUCCCACACUUUCUCAGUUUCUCGUAGCAAUAGCCAGCUUCUGCAUCGGGAUAACUUCUUGUGCCACUGUCUCAAAUUUAAGUUUGGUCGGGGCACCGAACUCCUCCGGGUUUGUCGUUAAUUUUCAUCCAUUUCUAGAAUUUAGACUUGUGUGUGCGUCCUCUCCAGACUCCAGUGACUUGUGUGUGCGUCCUCUCCAGACUCCAGUGUCAGGAAUUUCCUUGUUCAAGCUUCCCAGGAAGUUGGUGGGAGAGUCAAUGGGCGGAGAGUUAUCUUUUCUUUGCUGCGACUUUGAUUGUGGGUUGAGUUUUGAGUUUAUAUUUUCUGGGAAGUGGGCCUGAUUGUUAUUAGUAUCUGAUUACUAAAUGGGAAUGAGGGCCAAACGGUCACACGACAAAAGUAGAAAGAAAGUUCUGAUAUUGUUCUUCCAUACAUGUUGUUCCUGAUCCUUUUUAGAUCGGGAAGCUUCACAUUUUAAAUCCAUAGGGAUGAUGAAAUAAACUUUCUUUUGUUCUGGUUUCUUUUCAAUUUUCUCGUGUGAAAGAUUCUAUACCAUUUUCGGUUCUGUAUUGGACCUCCAAAUGCUUCUCUGAGAUCAUCGGGUUUAGAUUGUUAAAGAAGCAUUUCAGAAAUCAGAUCCUAUUCAUCUGCAGAGGGUGCUCUCGGUUUUCAAUUUCUUUCUCUCUUUCUUUGUUUUCCCGCUUUCUUUCCCAUCCUCACCAUAAUGGAGGAACAUGAAUCUAGCAUCUCUACCUAUGAAGGAGAGCAACAUGUGGUAGCUGCGGCUCAGCACAUUUUAAAGGCAUUAGCAGCAAGCAAGAACGUCAAUGAUGGUCUAAGAAAAUCUCUCUUGGAUCUUGAGAAUCAUUUGUCUUCAAUGCCUACCAGGCUCGCUGACAGAAAUGGAAAAGGUAUCUGGGAAUUAGAGAGGCGUCUUAAAUGUGCUGAGGACAAGGUAAUGAGUUGGGAGGCAAAUAAUUUGAUGAUAUGGGAUUCUGGCCCUGGGGAAUCUUCCGAGUAUUUAAAUGCUGUUGGUGAAAUCCAAUCUGUGACUCAAAGUUUGCAGACCCUCUCUGUGAAUGAAAAGGGGAAGCAGAAGGAACUUGUUCAGCGAGCUGAUGGAGUGCUGCAAAUUGCUAUGUCGAGGCUUGAGGAAGAGUUGGUCCACAUUCUUGUUCAGCACAAGCAAUUUUUUGAGCCUGAAUACAUGUCUUUUCAUUCUAAUAGAGUUGAUAUGGUGUUUGAUGAAUCGUUUGGUUCAGCUGAGGAUGAACCAGUUGAGGAAGUAUCCCAGAGUGAUGGUGAUUUUAGCCAACCUGAGGCUUGCACUCUAGAUUUGGUGCGUCCUGAUGUAAUUCUGGAUCUCAAAUGCAUCGCAGACGUCAUGUUUGCCUCAAAAUACCAUCAGGAAUUCUGCCAGGCUUUCAUCACUUCCAGGAGGCAUGCCUUGGAUGAGUACUUUGUUAUUCUUGGAAUGGAAAAGUUGAGCAUUGAGCAUGUGCUGAGAAUGGAUUGGAGUUGCUUGAACUCUGAGAUGAAGAAAUGGAUUCGGGUUAUGAAGAUCAUCGUCAAGGUAUAUCUUGCUAGCGAAAAACGUUUGUGUAAACAGAUUCUGGGACAAUUUGGAUCUGUUUAUGAGUCUUGCUUUUGUGAAAUAUCAAGGAAUUUUAUGCUGCCCCUUUUGAAUUUUGCUGAGGCUAUUGCAGUGGGAACCCAUACCCCAGAGAGAUUGUUCCGCUUACUUGAUAUGUACGAGGUUCUGGAGGAUCUUGCUUUAGUUGUAAAUAUCUUGUUCUUUGAAGAAGCUGGUUGUUUCCUUAGGAACGAGUUUCAGAAGCUGGUAAGGAGCUUUGGUCACACUGUAAGGUCAACAUUUCUGGCAUUCGAAAGUACUAUUGCAACUUAUCCAUCAACAAAGAAGUUCCCUGGAGGGGGAAUCCACCAUCUCACCAAGUACGUCAUGAAUUACAUCAAGACAAUCACUGGAUAUGAGGGCACCCUUGGUCCGCUUCUUGCGGAUGUAAGUGCAGAAGCUCCACCAGAUACUGAACAUGAUAGCACGACAGCCCUUGCAACUUGUCCAAUGGCUUGCCACUUCAGGUCAAUAACAACCGCAUUAGAAUCCAACCUGAGGAACAAGUCCAAGUUAUACAAAGACGUGUCCUUACAACAUAUUUUCAUGAUGAAUAACAUUCAUUACAUGGUCCAAAAGGUUAAGAGCUCUGAACUAAGCCAAUUCUUUGGGGAUGAAUGGCUUCGCCGAAACACAGGGAAGUUUCGGCAUGAAGCUAUAAGCUAUGAGAGGGCCAUUUGGAGUUCAGUCCUCUCUAUGCUAAAGGAGGACAGUAAGGACAGUAGGCAACAUUGCGCUUUGAGUUUAAAGGCAACCUUGAAGAGAAGAUGCACAGAUUUCAAUACUGCCUUUGAGGAAGUGUAUAUAACCCAGACAGGAUGGUUUAUCCCAGAUCCUCAACUUCGGGAAGAGCUACAGAUUUCAAUUUCUCAGAAACUGAUUCAUGCUUACAGGACUUUCAUUGGGAGGAUCUCAUCCAGCAUCAGUGAGAAAUGGAUCAAGUACACAGUAGGUGAUCUGGAAGGGUUGAUUUUGGAUCUUUUUCAAGGUUCUUCAAAAUCUUUGUCAAACCGUCAUCGCCGAAAGUGAAGGGUUUGAGUUUUAACCAUGGCAGCUCAAAGAUUACUUGUCAGGCUUUCAUUCUAGAUGUAAUCUUAUAAAAUUUGCUUGUCAUUAGCAAAUGGCUAGUUUAGCAUUAUUAAGUCCUGAUCUGAUCAUCACUCGAAUGAAAUGGCUUUUUGCACUGUCUGUAAAUUUGUAUGAAAUUGGCAGAUUUGUUUUGUCAACACCAUUUGCUUUUGCA